AUGCUUGCUGGGAUGUCAACAGGAGAAAAUGUACAUGACUGUGUUGAGGAAUCCUCUGCAGCGAACUCAACUUUUAGUCUUGAAGAAUUAUCCACCCUUCAGCAAUCGUGUAGAACCUUUUCUAUGCGAGAUGAUGAUUCAUCUAAGAGAGUGGAUGCAGAAGAUCUUUCAGGGGCCGAUGAAGUAGUUGCUGCUUUUCAGUCUUUCUGCAUUGAUAAUUCAUCUUUGAUGAGAGAUCAGGAAGAAAAAGAUACUGUAAAAGUGGAUUAUAGUGCAGAAUCAUCUGUAUUGAGGAAUGAUGAAAGAGAGGAUGCUUUGAAUGCUAAUUUUCCUUUAGAUUCAUAUCCAAUAGGGGAAACAUCAGUACUAGAGCAGCAUGGUGCAGUUGAUAUAAGUCCACAGAAGGCUAAAAAGUCAAGAAGACUUAAAGGAGUUGGAGCCAAUGGGAAGCGAGAAAAGAACAAGAAAGCUCGAGACUCUACAAAGCUUAAGGGAGAAAGAUUCAACCCAACUGGUCCCAUCACUUUGAAGGUUAAAUUUGGCAGUAGAGAAGCAGCUUCCUUGGUGAACGUUAGCACUGUAAUGGAUGAUAAUAAAGAGCAGGAUUCCAGACAAGAAUCUUUUCCUGAAGUAUCCAUAGAUGUUCAAGAUUUAACGAAGAAAGAGGCUGAUGGUAGUAUGAGUUGUCAGUCUUGCGAUGGAACCUUGGAUAAAGCAUCAGACAUCCACCUUGCGAUUGAGAAUAUAACUGAAAAUGCAGGUGGAAACGCUUAUGGUGAUCUUUGUGAAUCUCCCUUUCAGGCUGAGGUUGGUAAAGUGGUAGCAACAAUUGAUAACCGCAUCUCAGAUUCAGGAACUUCACCUGAUUCAGAAGUCAUCAAUUUAACUCCAGAUGCGCAAAUUAGUGAAAAGGAUCCAGAUGCCCUUCAUCACACUCUCAGCUCAAUCAAUGCAUAUCUUGCCUCUGAAAAUAUGUCUAAUUCGAGUUUGCUUUGCAAGGAUGCUGAUGAAGGAAAGAGGGAAAAUGAGCACCCUCAGACCAGCAAUUUCAGUGUAAAUGUCGAAGCUCCUGGUCCAGAAAACCUUGUUGAUGAUCAAGAAUUCUCUAAGCUUGGACAGAAGGAGAAAGUGGGUGAUGUCUUUUAUCAUAGUGAUGCUUCUACAUCAACGACAACUGAAAAUGUAUAUCUUAACACAUUCGAAGUGGAGGGGUUACCCAAAGAACCUCCUCCUUGUUCCAAGGUGACUGACUACGCAAUCUCUAGUGAGACGAAUAAAGUUGAAAGUGCAAUAGAAGCCAAUCUUUCUCCAAGACUUGGUACUGAGAUUGGGCCAGUAGAGUCAAGUAAGUCUAAGAAACUGCUUCCUUGCACCAAUGGGAAAAAAGUUGCCAGAAGUUCAAGAGCAAGGAAAGAAACCAGGACAAAGAGAGAGAAAACAUCUAAAACGAAGGGCAGUCAAGAGAAAUCAUCUGCAAAGCAAAAAGGCAAGGACAAAGGAUUGAAGGGUGACUCUGCUCAGACUCUUAAUGAAGUGGAAAAUCACUGUGAAACAGAAGCUGGAGAAACUGGCAUUGGAAAUAAAAGCUUGACAGAAGAUACACCCCCUAAAGAUAUGGCUCCUGUCAUGGUUGCACAGGAAUGUAUACCAAUCACUCAGGCUUGGGUAUGUUGUGAUAGUUGUAACAAGUGGAGGCGCAUUCCAGCUGCACUUGCUGAUAUGAUCAGAGAAAAUGACCGCAAAUGGUAUUGCAAGGAUAAUAUGGAUAAAGAUUUUGCUGACUGCUCAAUUCCACAAGAGAAGUCCAAUGCAGAUAUCAAUGCUGAGUUGCAAAUAUCUGAUGCCUCUUGUGAGGAAGAUGCAGAUUCUGAUGCACGGUUGGAUUCCGUUAAAUCAACACAGAAGCAGCAGAAAGUAACUCAGCAGCCUUCAUGGACACACAUAAAGUCAAAUUCGUUCCUUCAUCGCCGGCGCAAAACUCAGGCAAUUGAUGAGGUAAUAGCCUAA